AUGGCAAGGUCGACGUCGCAUAUAAUCAAAGCGGUAUUCCGUUUCCUGCUCCUUGCACAAUUCCGGUCUUCACAGUUCCGGUCUUCAGCUCUCAAAGCCAUACUCCGUUUCUUGUUCCUUGCAAAAUUCAUGUCUUCAGCUCUCACAUCCUUUGCCAAACUCCUAUACUAUUUUCAGGAUAAAUGGGGGAAUCUUACGACUUGGAUUCUGUAUCUAUUCACGUACUCGAUUUCAAUUAGUUCAUUUGACGAGUUGCAUCCGCCCUUGAUGAAAUGGAUUUCGCAAAACUCGAGCUUGGCAAACGCACGACAUUCCAUUGCAAGAACAAAGUCGAAAUGGUCAAUGUGGGCACAGAAUGAUGCCGACUCAGAGGAUGACGCCGAAACUCGUGGCUUUCAGUUCAAGGAAAACGAACAACUCUACUGGAAGAGACAGAAGCAAAAAGGCUUGCAAAAAAUCAAAUUCGAGCCAACCCGAGGAAAUGUCGUCACUUUCUAUUAUAAAGGUUACCUAAUAGGUCUUUGUCGUGAGGCAAAGCCCGGGACUACCAUUCUUACAGAAGAGUCCGAGGUCAUCUGGCUAUACUCGACAAACCGGAGCAUUCUUCAAAGCCUAAUUAGGGAUGUUCGCGAUUUGCAAACAUCGAAAGACGACUGGGUGCAAUAUUUUCGUGGCGAAACAGAGAAAGACGUUUCCUACUGGUAUCUUCUCGCCAAAGAGCCUCCUCGAUCCCCCUCCACUUUGGUACUAGACGGGGAGGUUCUGGCGGAUAUCGUGUCCGAUAUCAAAGAGUACCUGCAUCCAUCAACCGAAGCUUUCUAUAAAAGAAUUGGCAAACCUCACCGUCGCGGUUUCCUUUUAUAUGGUCCUCCCGGGACAGGCAAAUCAAGUCUUUGUGCAGUUUUGGCCGGAAUAUUCUGUAUGAACAUUUACACCCUGAGUCUGAACAGUUCCAAUGUCACGGAAAGUGGCCUAGUGAAGAUCUUCAGAGAUCUCCCUGAUCACGCGAUGAUCGUCCUCGAGGAUAUCGACCGGGCCUGGGGCUCUGUAGAGCAAUCCAAAACAGACACUCCAUCGGGUACGGGGUCACAAGCACGUACCGGUAUAUCUCUCUCUGCCCUCUUGAACGUGCUCGACGGGCACGGUGCAAAGGAGAGGCGUGUUCUCUUUAUGACUACCAACCAUCGGGAAAAUUUAGAUUCUGCUCUGACACGACCCGGUCGAAUUGACCGAACCUUCGACCUUGGUUACGCAACAGAAGAGAUGAUCAAAGAACUAUUCUCCUUGUUCUAUGAGCCACUUGGGGUUGACAAGGACGAAAUUUUAGGGUUGGCAGGCAGGUUCGCGAGUGAGGUCCCAGGCAAGAUCUUCACAGCGGCCGCAAUCCAAAAUUUUUUGCUGCAGUAUAAAGAUACCCCGGAGAUGGCUAUUUCUAGUGCAGCCGAUUGGGUGGAGAAGAGCCGAUUGGGUGAAGAAGAGCCGAUUGGGUGA